UAUUUUUAUUUUGCAGAUUGCCUUCAUGACCUUGACUCUGUUUCCUAUCCGACUCUUUUUUGCUGCUUUUAUGAUGUUGCUGGCCUGGCCUUUUGCUUUCAUUGCUUCAAUGGGAUCUGACGAGCAAGAGCUUGAAAAGCCCCUCUCCUGGUGGCGAAAGAUAGUGGCUAUCUUGCUGAAAGCAAUAAUGAGAAUGAUGUGGCUUGCUGGUGGAUUCCACUGGAUAAAUAUAAAAGGCAGACGGGCAUUGCCAGCAGAAGCAGCAAUAUUAACAGUGGCUCCCCAUUCUUCCUACUUUGAUGCCAUUCCAGUAACUAUGACCUUCGCCUCCAUUGUGAUGAAAGCAGAAAGCAAAGAUAUUCCUGUUUGGGGAACUCUGAUCAAAUAUAUCCGACCAGUAUUUGUAUCUCGGGCAGACCAGGAUUCUCGCAGGAAAACUGUUGAAGAGAUAAAGAGGCGUGCCCAGUCUGGUGGUAAAUGGCCACAGAUAAUGAUAUUCCCAGAGGGCACUUGCACAAACCGAUCCUGUCUAAUUACAUUCAAACCUGGAGCGUUUAUUCCUGGGGUUCCUGUGCAGCCGGUUGUUUUACGUUAUCCAAACAAACUGGACACAAUCACAUGGACAUGGCAAGGGCCAGGAGCGUUUGAAAUUCUGUGGCUUACUUUAUGUCAGUUUCACAAUUCUGUGGAAAUCGAGUUUCUACCCGUGUAUAUUCCCUCAGAAGAAGAAAGAAAAAAUCCAGUCUUGUAUGCCAAUAACGUCAGACGUGUAAUGGCAGAGGCGUUGGGAGUUUCAGUGACAGACUACACAUUUGAAGACUGUCAGCUGGCUUUGGCUGAAGGACAGCUUCGUCUACCUUCAGAUACGUGUCUUUUAGAAUUUGCAAAGCUUGUGAGAAGCCUUGGGCUGAAGCCAGAAACACUUGAAGAUGAUCUCAAUAAAUAUGCUGCAAGUGCCAUGCAAAUGAAGAAAGAAAAGGUUGAUCUCAAAGAAUUUUCAGCCUACUUGGAAUUUCCAGUUUCUCAGACAUUAGAAAGUAUGUUUUCACUUUUUGAUGAGAAUGAAGAUGGUGUAAUUGACAUUCGGGAAUUUGUCAUUGCUCUGUCAGUUGUCUGUAAGCCAUCCAAAACUCUGGAAACAAUUCAGUUGGCAUUUCAGCUGUACCAGUCAGGAGGCGGAACUGUAACAGAAGAGGAUUUAGCUUGUAUUCUCAAGACUGCCAUGGGCGUGUCACAAAUUGAUGUUACACAUCUUUUUAGAGCUGUAGAUGAAGAAGAAAAAGGAAAGAUUACGUAUGAUGACUUCUACACAUUUGCUGUGUUGCACCCACACUUUGCAGAAGACUAUCUCUAUGCUGAUCAUAUGGGAGCUGAGAGUGGCUUGGAGACUUCAUCUCUUUCUGCUCCUAAUGGUAUCUGUACUGACUUCAGCCCUGACAGUAGUGGAGAUCGAAAGAAGCCCUUGCAGAAGAAACUAAAUUAACACUACAACUGUUACCUUCCUCUCCUGGUGAGAGGGUUGUAUUUUCUUGGGAUUUUCAUAAGUCACUCCAAUUAUACAACAAAUAUCAGUUUUGUGUGUGAAAGUUCUACCUGAAUACCAUCCUUUGAAUCAUAUGUGCUAUAUUUAACAACAUGUUCCAGGUUACUUUGGGAAGGGUGUUUUUAUUUUUUUUGAAAAGGUCUUUGAAAGGCAAAAAUGUGAAUGUGCUUCAUUGUUAAUGUUCAUAUUUAAAAGGAAGCGGCACAACUUAUUUAUAGUCCAUUGGCUAGUUCCAUGUACAAAGUGUCGCACAAACUGUGCAUGUAUAAAGAAACUGUAGCUACUAUGGUGUAAAGUGCACUUUGGUGAUUAGUGUUUUCCCUAGUUAUGGGGAUGUUUAUCUGGGGCCAAACUGUGCUGUCCAUAUCUGAAUAGUCAGUCUUUCAGUGGGAUUAUUCUCUUGAGCAAGGCAAGCAUACUUUGGCCCUUUGUUUUGGUUUCAGUGAACAGUUUGGAAACAGUAAUACAAAAACUUGCUAAGGAUUACUUUUUAUUUUUAUUGCUGAAUGAUGAAAUUGUUUCUCUUUCCAUGGUAGAAUGAAAAGGAAAGGCUCCUUAUCCCUCACCCCCCAACACUUUUCUACUGUAAUCUUCCGGAUGCAAUUAAACAUGAAUUCUUUCCAAACUGACAUGCCACAUACUGCUUGAAAAUACAUAACUGAACUAUUUGUGCUUUUGUCUUAUAACCAGCUCAAAUCAUAUCCACACAACAUUUUAUGGGAGAUGUUUACAGAGCUACAUGUGAUUUAGAUUUAUCAGGAAUCACAGGUUUCUUCUGUAGCAAGCCUGUACAGAUAACAUAGCAUGGAAUACAUCAUGAAAACCUUGGUGUAUCAGCACAAGUUGGAAAAGGUUGCAGUCACUUCAAAGGCCAAGCCAGCAACAAGUUUCAGACCAUCCUGAAGAAGUGCUAGUUAAAUCUCUAUAGCAACAUUACAUAUACUUCAUAGAACAUAUAUGAAGAUUAGAAUAGCUUAGAAGUGUUAAAAAAAAUACCAAACUUGUAUUAGUAAUACUUAUGUUUCCUUUUGUAAAGCCAGAUGCCUUAACUGCUACUGGAGGUCUCAGAGAAAAAUCUAGAUUAUUAUUAUUAAGCCACAGAGCUUCAUUGAUUAGAAAACGUGACAAAAGCCUCAAGGAGUAGGAAGGAGAACUCUGUCACAAAAUAACUGUGAUGGCAUCUCUGCUUCCAGACAAAAAAUUUUUCAAGUCAUUUCUGACUAGUUUUGUAGGGUUUUAUGCAUGGAAAACUAUUGAGAUUUGAGUCUUCCACAAAGGAAUUUAAAGCUAGAUUUGAAAGGGAAUAAUUUUAGCUAAGGACAUCUGUUUGUACCACGUGCUUUUAUAACUAUUUCUUAAAUAGCAGGAGGUGUUUUAAAGCUCAUUAGGGUAUUGGAAUGUGUCCUUAGAAAUCCCGAACUGUAUGUGGCAGGUCUCCAAACUAGAACUGGCUUUAAUAAAGAGGGUAGGAGGAAAAAAUGUAAGAAAACAUGCUUCAUGGGGGUAUGUGGAGGUAAUAAUUAAAUAUUUGAUUUAUCUAGGUAACAAAAGCCAAGCUCACAGGGCAGCAGCAGACUGGGAAGAUUUGAAUUAGAACUGAUCAUGGAAAAGAGGAGAAAUUUAUUGAAGAAGUAAGGCAGAUGAGGAGCUACACUUAACUAGAAAUAGUCAGCUGCACAGAAGAGGGAGUGAGUAUUAGUGUGCUAUAUCUUGAGGCAGGGAUGGCACAGAAUAUGUCAAACUGAGCAUUGUUAACUUGUUGCUGAAGAAAAGAUGUUCGUGAUAGAGGGAUGCAUCAACAUGUGGCCUGUGAGAAGCAGGGUGGUAUUUCUACAUUACCAAGAUGUGAUAAGGUCUUACCUGAGGUAUCUGUUCAUACUGGGGCACCUGAGAGAGAUGGGUGUAACUGAAUAAAGUGUGGAAGACAAAAAAGCACUCAAAAAGUGAUCAAAAGUAUGCUUUAAUCCAAAGAAGAGGAGACUGAAGGGAGAUGUGAACAGUCUUUAAAUAUGGAAAAAGUUGGUAUAGAGAAAAUAGGAACUCUUCUCCACAAGAAUGGUAGAUGCUGGUUAUUAAUUGAAAAUGCAAGUUAAGCAUUAGGAAAAGUCUCUUACAAUACACCUUGUUAAGCUGUGGGAGAAGGGUUUUUUCAGGUGUGGUGAAAAGCCUGCCUUCCUUCACUGGAGUUUUUGAAAACAGAAGACAGCUACAGUAGAGACACUUGAUUUUGUUGAUCACACCCCAGGGUUACAGGGAGCUGUCCCUGAGGUCUGUUCUCUGUAGUUAUUACAGUAUGUGAGGGAAGACAGGCGUAGUCUGGGCAUACUGUAUCUCUACAAGAAUACGGCACAUGGCUCGAGCUGGCUGUGUAAGAUACUUUUGCUUUGUACGUGAGCUUCGGAAUCUGAGAAUGCUGGGAAGGAGAAACUUCCCCAAUACGUAUCUGAAGAGAAGAAAGAGGUGAGCUUAGAAACCCAUGGACAACUCUGAAGUGAGAGAAGCUCUAAAGGAAGAGGUACAUUGACCACAUCUGUGAAAGAGUAAAGAAAGCUGAUUGAAGUUGGCUGAAUACGAGUGUGUCUAAUUUUCACAUAUGGCAUGGGUAACUUGGGGGUCUGUUUUAUGAAAGCCCAUCAGUUCGUUGACUUCUUUUUUUUUUAUUUGAGGUGUUUUGUUAUUGUGGUGAGUGUAAUAGCUGUACUUGUGUGCACCUAAGCUGUACAGAGUACACUGAAAGGCACUGCAGCCUGUAGUAGAUGGGCCAUUAAACAGGUGCCACGUUGUGUGGUGAAGAGGCACUGAAAGUCCAGUGUACCACUGAGCUCAGUCCAGAGCUGCUGCUGAAGAAGGCUGGUGAUCAACACAAGUCACAAGCAAGUACUCUUGGUGGAUUAAAACUCAUAUACAAAUUGGUGGAUUAAAUAAUUUAAAAAAAAAAGGCAUAAGACAAAACAGAUUCUGAAAGGAAAUGUGAUUCUCCCUCUUUUGAGAAACUACUGAAUCAGAUAUAAUAGGAGGAAUGAUAGGAUUAAGGAUCAGCCUGCAUGGAAACAUUGUUAGAUCACAUACCCCAUCACAAAAGUUGAGAUUAAUUAAUACAACUCCAGUAAUUUUAGCAUUUGUAGUGUAUAAUAUUGUAUACUGCCUUGUAGUGAGAGAGAAGCCACAUUACCACAGGGUGGUAAACUCAGGCCCUUGAGGGCCAAGGCCCAUAACACAUCACAUGACUGCAGCAAUACAUGUUACAACUCAUCUGUCAAACCCCAACUGCAGAAGUGUUUCAGUAGUUCCCAAUGAGAAGCCUUUAUAGAGGCAUCUGAAUGUGCAACAGCUGAGUUGUGACAGUUUCUGUGACUUGAUGUAAAGUCAGAGUAGAAGUGAAAACUUCCUUUUCCCCUUCACCAAACGUUGAUGCUUUCCAUUAAAAUAGUGAUUUUAUAGACAGAUGGUUAUAUUUAAACAGGUAGUAUAAACACCCUCUAAAUUUACAAGGAGACAUAUGCAGAAAUUACUUUGGUUCUUUGCAACUGUUUAACUUAAAUGAUCCUUACACAGAAAAUGCCAGGGGUGUGAGGCAUUUGACAUUUCUGAUGAUCAUUUUUGUACUCUUAUGUAACACUGUCAUCUCUUGCCAGUAGAGUUCUUGCAUCACCCAGAAUGAAUUUUUACAUAUUGAGUGAGAUACUCAGCCAAGGCUGGUUAUCUCUUCUCACAUGCCUGAACAAAUAUUUAAAGUAACCCAGAAAACUACAAAAUCCAAAAUAUUUGAAGUUCUGGGGGGUUGGUUUGGUUUUUUUGUUGUUUCAUUUAUAUUUUUUCAAACAUAACAAAACCCCACUAAGACCAAACAAAUGCUUAGUAGGUGCAAAGCAUGUUUAAACCACUGUCUCUAGAAAAGUAUGGCAAGUGUUAUUACAGAUUUUUUGGGGAGUCUGUUGCUAUAGCAGAUAAAUUUUAAAUGCUUCGUAGGAAAUUUAUAAGCUGCCUGCAGAAACUAGACUGUACACUUAGUUUUAUAUUAAUUAAUUGCACUAUAUGUUUUGAUGCAUUUAUUGUAGCUAGCAUGAUCUAGGUAUGAUAAAUAGCAACCAGACCUGUGUAUUUACUAAUCCCAUUUUCAAGGUAUAAAUCCUUAGGUCGCAGGGGUUGAAAAGGACACGUGUGCAGCAGGGAAGUGAUGCAACCUCUUUAGUGACACAGCUGCCAGAAGUAAGUAGCUAAGUGUCACACAGAGCUCUUUAUUAAUAUCUUCAUGCAAGCUGAAUACCUCUGUUAGCUAAUUUAGGCCUAGGGGUGGUUGGAGUAUUUUUGUAUUCUUAAAAUGUAGUAAAUGUUUUCGUGGAAAAGUCA